AUGUCCUCACCUACCAAAGUCUACUUUCCAUCGUUUGAGCUGCAAAUCUGCGGCGAGUUCUAUAACCCUCUCGAGGGAUCGGAACACCGCAAUGGAGCCGCUAUUGUCGUUAGCCAUCCGAUGACUGGAGUCAAAGAGCAGACGGCUGCCGACUAUGCCCGCGCCCUAUCCAAAGAAGGCUUCGCUGUCCUGACCUUCGAUGCUGGCUAUCAGGGCGAAAGUUCUGGUAAACCCCGCGGUCUCGAAGAUCCUCACCAGAGGGUUGAAGACAACAAGGCCGCGGUUACGUAUUUGACGACUUUGAAAGACAAGGUCGAUCAGGAACGCAUUGGUGUCCUUGGAAUCUGUGCGUCGGGCGGCUACACUUCCUACGCUGCACAGUCAGACAAUCGCAUCAAGGCUUUGGCAACCGUCAGCGCUGCCUGUGUUGGUAGGAUGACGCGAAAUGGAGGCCUCUACGAGCACAACAAAGAAAGCCAGACGGCCAUCGAAGCAGCUCUCGAAGGGGCUGGGAAAUGGCGCACAACUCACGCCAACGGAUCUCAAGAUGAUGCACCUCCCAUGUUUGAGACGGACUUGGCAAAGAUACCCCACGAGGCCGAUCCCUUCUUCAAGGAUGCGGCUCAGUAUUACGGCACCAAGAGAGGACACCACGAGAGAUCGGAUCAAAGGGUUCCUCUUUCGAGUUACGAUCUGAUGGUCAGCUACGACUCGUUCAACUUUCAGCAUCUCAUCUCUCCUCGGCCUUUGCUCAUGAUUGCGGGGUCAGAGGCGCAGACGCACCACUUUAGCAAGAAUGCUGUCGCGGCUGCCAAGGAUCCCAAGGAGCUAGUGACUAUAAAGGGGAAGAAUCAUUUUGAUUUGUAUGAUGAUCUUUCAGAGACGGUGCCGAAACUUGUCGAGUUCUUUGCAGAGGCUCUGUGUAGGCGUCUGUGA